GUGUGCUGCUCUGGCUCUCCUCACGCAGUGGGGUGCAACUCCAGGUCAUCCAGCCAUGCACCCCGGGGCCCCCGCAGCCCCCAGGGCCCGGGACCCCAGCCCCGGAGAGCUGUGUGCCUUUGUGAGUGGGGCGGCUGCCCGUGUGCUGCACGCCCUGCAGCCCCGCAGGGGCCGGCACCCCCGACGGAGGCCCAACCACCGGAGGUUCCUACACAACCAGCUCUGCAGGCAGUUUGCCAGGAUCGAGGCCGCCACCCAGAGCCUGGCCCGCUCCAUCCUGUCCCAGGAGGCGCCCCCCCGGAGACGGCCGCCCCGGGGACCACCCCCGCCCCCGCCCUCCCCCUUCGUGGGCGUGGCUUGUGCUGGGGCCCCCGCCGAGCGGGCUCCCGUGGGCCCCGGCCCGAGCCUCGCCGCGCUGGAAGCCUCGCCCCUGGACCUCUUCGACGACAUCGCGCUCCCCGCGGCGCCCCCUGGCCGGAGGCCGCUGGGAGGGAUUCUCAUGGGUGGGGGGCCCCGGCGGGCCUUCCUGGCGCCCCCUGGUGGCCACAGCGCCGGGGGGCCAGACCCGCCUUCCAGGUGGCAGGUGCCCCGGGCGCACCGCGACGGUGACUUCAGCCCCGUCCCGGGAGCAGCUCCCAGUGGGAGGCCGCAGCUGCACGGGCCCAGCACGUGGGGGAUGCCUGGGGAGACCCAGGCGGACGCCGUCCGCGCCGGCAGGGCAGCCCCGCAGGGUUCCGCGGACCGGGAAGGGCGCCUGGAGGAAGCGUCCCGCCCCGCCGGCGACGGCGGAGCCAGCCCACCGCGGGGAGCGAGGGGGCCUGCAGCGCGGAUGCGCCCCGGCAGGGCACAGCCCUCGGCCCGCGAGACGCCCCGGGGGAGCCAGGCCAGGCCUCGUCCGCCCCCCGGGGGCGGGCCCGGCGGGCCCCUUCGGCGGACCGGGCCGAGCCUGGGCCUCCCGGGCCCCCAGCACCCGCUGCCCUCUGCCCGCUGGUCCUCUGGCUCCUCGCUCGGGAGGCUCCGCGCAGGCCCUCAGGCCAAUCACACCCUCAGGAUUGACCGAGAUAGACGCGCCCGAGGAUUGGUCGGGCGGGUAGGCGGGACGAGAGCGGCUGAGCGCCGAUUGGGCGGCUCGGCCAGGGGGGUGGGACGAGACCGACCCGGAGAAAAGGUGACCGGGCCUGGGCCCCCCGCGGAGGACACGCGGCCCGAGCCCCGGCGCCGUGAGCUGAGUGACCGGACGCCUCACUGGCCUAGAGUCGCUCCCGGCUCCGACUCGGCGCCUUCCGGGUCGCUGUCCCUCAGCACAGCCGGGUCUGACGGGUCUGACGGCCCUGCAGCCCUCACCUCGGGUGAAAGCGCGCCGGGUGCGCCCCCUCGCUGUCAGGAAUAG